AUGCAAGCCUAUAAAAAUAAAAUACUUUUAAAAAAGUUAGUGCCAGGAAGUGCAAGGUUAUUUCCUAACGAAACAUUAAACGGCCUUGAACUCUGUUCUCUCCAUUUUAUGCUUUCAAAUUCAAUCGACCGUACCCAAAGGGGAGAUGAGAGCGUGAUAUGCAGCCGAUUAUCUAGAUAUCAAAGAAGGUUUAGAAGAAAUGUCGAGAAAGAUGUGGAGAUUUUUGAUCCACGCCAUUCAAAAUUAUCAAAAGGAAAUAUUGAAAACGCUGAUGAAGAAAAAUCUGAAGAUCCACCAGUAGAAGAUCCGCUUCCAGAAGAAGGACAUGACGAUACUAAUCCUUCUGAUGGAGACGUGGAAUCAGUAGUACGAUCAUUGUCAUCAAAUAUAGCAGAAAGUUCAUGUCCCGUUGAAGGAGGCGUCGUUUACACUAAAUGGGGUUCAAUACAAGCAGGGACAGUUCUCGCAGGAAUAGCUGCUGGCCUGAGUCAGCAGACCAUUCAAACCCCCAACGGGUACACCAUUGAUAACAGAUAUGCAGCGACAUUGGCUGGAGACCUUUCGGAAGUAGCUCUUCUGCAAGGAGUAACAACUGGUAAUGUUGUGGUUGGCGCUAAGGGUGGUUGGAACAGCACCGUCAUUCCACGUUGGUACUUCGUUGAAAAAACGACUAAUUUGGAAAUGACAGAUGCAGAAAUAAGAGCAGGGUUGGAUGGUCUGAUAUUGGGUACCAACGUGCAGUCGUGGUAUUCUUCGUACCCUUCUUUAAAAUUGUCCCAACUUCUUGAUAUGUACUACUCGCCAAGGGGCGUAUUAGAUAACAACAUAAGAGCGUGUAACAGGAAUACUCUUCUUACUACAGUAGCUCCCGAAAACGAUUUGGUUACUCAAGCAGUUGGUUUUAGUUUUGAGUUGGAUGACUACGCCACCUUACCCGGCACUCUUUCACCAGAAGGGGUGCAAGCCUUUAGUAAAUCAGCAACGUCCGAUUUUCUCACAUAUGCCCCCCAAUUCAACGAUGUCAGCUGUUUAAGUGAGGGAGAUACAGUACAAAGAGCUUCUAGUGACAUUGUUAUUGUUCUAGACACACAAUGGUCUUACGCUGUAAUACAAACAGCUCUCUCAUACCUCUUCGAUAACAUUGACGUAAACAUUUACGAUGGAAGUAAUUAUACCAUUAUCAACGGUUACGAUGGUGCGAUAAUCAUGAACACGUCCAACAGCAUUGUAGAUUUUUAUGAAUAUUACAAUCUCACUGUUCACAAUAAUUUUACAUCUGGGUUUGACUUCCGUACGGCGUUUAAUGAAGUUGAAAAAAUAGCUAGGGCAAGAAUGGACAAUGCUACAAUUACCCAAUCGUUAGGAGGACAAUCGUUGAUUGCUCUUUUCGUACCUUACACACAAACUAUUUCAGAUAGUGAUAAACAGUGGAUUUCUGAGAGGAAAACAGUGUUUAAAUCCUAUAUUCCAGAUUUGAAACUUCUUGUCCUGGGAAGGAGCAGCGCCAGUAGCUAUAAUGACCUUGUCUACAGUACUUCAACUGAUAUUUUUACUUUACCCGAGAGUUCAGAUGGUGCAACAGUAACUGACGCCAUAAAUUCGCUUGUAAGAAGAAUUAAAGAAAUACCCCGAAGAAUAAUCAACCCAAAGUGUGGAAGCAAUUGGUCUGGUGAGAGCGGCUCUAGUUCUUUUUAUCAAUACAUUGAACCAACCAACGUGAACUAUUAUAAAAUAUCUCCCAACUACCUGUUUGGUGAUGGUACCCGUACCUUAAAAAUCAGAGGCGCAAACUCCCAAAAUACAUUUGUUGUUUGUAACUCAAGAACUGUUUCUCGUCCUAGUCAGAAUAAUACCAACAGUGAUGGUGAUGUUACUUGCGAAACGUUGAGAUCUACCAAUGAACUAACGAAGUCGUUAGAUAACGCAUGUAGCGGCUACAGCACAAUUUCUUCAUGUCCACCGUACUAUUUCUCAGUCCAGCUUACAAGUACAACAAGAACCUUUCAAUGCACAGACUCCAUUUGUCGAUAUCCAGAUAAUGCAAAAGUUACAAUCAGCCACGAAGGUUUUGUUUGUACAAGUGGAUGUUCUAAGUUGAAUUGGACAGUUGGUGUGUUUCUAGUAAUGGUUUUGAAAUUUUUGACGUAGACAACUAAUUAUGAUAAAUAAACAGACAAAACAAUGACACAUCAUAAAAUUGAUUUAUUCUAUAAACAAAGCUUAUAAAAGAAGUAUCAUCAUUUUUGUAACAUCGCAACAUCAUUUUGUUUCAAUGGUACCUGUUUUUAUUACUUCAUUAAAACUAAACGUGCGCCUUUUUGGAAUCAAUUCUUUUAUAAUAUAAAAGGCUGCCGAAAAUUUAUGCAUUCAUUCAUAUGGUAUAAGUGAAAGGAAUUAUAUAUAAUGUGUACACAUCUAUAAUAAGUAUAUGUAGUUGUAGUAUUUUUAUUUUACUGAACAUUUUUAAAAAGAAGUCUGUUUUAUAGUCAUUUCAACUUUUUUUAAGUAUUAGUUAACUUAAGUAUGUAAUUAUGUAGGAAAUAAUAUAUAAAAUAAGAAUGUUUAAGCUCAAGUCAAUAAUGUAGAGUAUAUAAACGUUAAUAAAAUAAAUUGUUUUCAUCUACUUUAUA